UUCUGCGCGUGUGCCACUAGCCUCUGUGUCUUUCGGGCAGAGAAUCGAAAAGUUGGGGCAAAGUCUGAGUCAGCUCCAGCAGCUACCACACACUCACAGCAACUCCCUCCACAGUUACAGGUCCUCCUCUCCCUCUCUCUCUCUCUCUCUUACUGCUCUCACUCAUUCACUCACUCUCUCUCUCUUUCACACACACACACACGCACGCACGCACACACACACACACACACAAACACAAACCACCCGUCACUCCUAGCAGAGGGAAGACAGGACCACAAGAGAACUGUUACACACCUUGCCUUCCAGCUACUCACCCAGCCAUCGCCAGACACUUUGCCCAGGAUGUGGACGCUUCUCUUGGGGGUCACCUUUGGAUUACUGGCCUCCUCCAGGUCAGAACAACUUAAAGUGAAUUCUCGCAGCUGCAGCAUUGCCAGGGUGUUUCUGGUGGAGGGAGCAAGCCGUCACUCCCUGAACUUUGACAUGGCUCAAAAGGUGUGUGAGCAGCUGCAGACAACCUUGGCAAGUCCAGAACAAGUCCAGGAGGCCUAUAAUCAAAGCAUGGAAACGUGCAGGUAUGGCUGGACCAACAAUAUGAGCGUUGUCAUCCUCAGACUCAGCCACCAUGAAAACUGUGCAAAGAACAUGACAGGGUUCAUUAUUAAUUCCCGUGUAGAUGCUACAGAAAACUUUGAUGCUUUAUGCUAUGAUAAAAAAGUCGGGCCUGAGUUGAACUGUACGGAAGCAUUUCGAACCAAAGAUGCAUCAGCAGCAGAAGGCCAAGAAGAGACCACUCCAAAAGCACAACCUGAGGAUGCUUCCGAUAGUGAGGGUGGAGACCCCACAGUAGUCUCUUCGAAAGAUCCUUUCAUGGAAACUACCCCAUUAGCCACUACUAAUCCAGAGGAGCCAGAACAUUCCGUGAAUGUUUUGGAUGAAAUCACCUCUGGUGGGAGUGAGAACAACAGUGAGGGGUUCACUUUCACUACUAGAGAGUUAGACCAGCCCACUGGAUCUGGGAUGGUGCCACCAUCGGUUGACAAUGUGGUAGCCUCACCAACGGCCCCUGUUGGAGAAGUAGAGCCUAAAAGACAAGAUGCCAUAACAGAGUCUCCAAAGCAACAACCUAAUGACAAGGGACAGGUCCCAGGUCCUGAUGCGACUGAGCCUGGUUCACUGGAGAGAAGUAGUUCAUCAAACUGGCUGGUUAUCAUUGGAGUGAUUGUGGCAGUUGCUGUUAUUCUUCUUGUGUGCGCAGCUGUUGCCAAAAGAAACAGCUGGUGCGGCAAACAGCAGACCCUGAUUAUCACACCCAAAGAUGGCGAGGGGAACGGGGCGGCAGCAUCUGCAUCCAGCUCGCACGCCCAGGAGAGAGAGCAGGAAAUGGUGACCCUCAUGAACAAGGAGAAGAUCCAGGAGAACGGCAACACGGAGGAGUUCACCGUCAUCACGCUAGAGGAGUCACCAGAUAAAGAACAGCUGGCAUGAGAGAGGAGUGCAAAGGCAGACAGGGAAGAGUAGGUGAGGACAGGAGGGAUAGAGUGAGGUGAUGGUUGGGAGAUUGGAUGGGUCGGGGGUUGGGGCUCCAAACACUGGGGAAGAAAUAUGCUUUGUUGGCCAGCACUGGAUGGACACUGAGUAAGGGUGUAUGUGUGUGUUAUGUAGAAAAAUUGUCCAACUAAGGUUCAAAGUAUUGUGCUGGGUCUGAAGCUGUUGUGUCAGUGGGACCGGGUAUUUGAAAUCACCAUGUGCAGCAUUUUAUUGUCUGGUAUACCAGGUUAGGUCGGAUUCAAUGGCAGUCAAAGAGUGUCAUGCAUGAUGGGGUAUCAUGCAUCGGUGCAUAGCAGGGUGUGUGAAUGUGUUUUUUGUGUCUGUUCUUUGUGUUUGUGAGCUUUAUGCUUUGUUGAUGGUGGGGCUAGAUAUACAUGGAUUUUAAAGGCCUAGGGGCUAAUUUGUGAAGAACAUAUUGAUGACAAAUGAGUUCCGUUUUUUUAUAGAAUUGGUGGUUCCUAAAUUGGCAGGUCUUUCAUCUUAUAUGGGAAUUAGUAAAUCAAUAUUUUAUUUGAGAUUUUUGAAGGAAUCAUUUUUACAACAACCCUUGACGUGUUCCAUGUAUUUCAUUCAUUUGUUUUGUUUGCUUAUUGCUGUAACUUUGUGUAUAUUUCAGACAUUUCCUGUGGACUGGAGUUUGCGUUUUCCAUUUUCAAGAAAACUGGGGAUGUCACUACCUUAAUUUAUGCAGCUUCAUUUUCCCUUUUUCUUGGUCUCUGUAUAUAAAGUAUAUGUUUUCGGGAAUGCCUUAGCAAUAGCUGCCAGUGCUUUUUGUGGUUUGGUGGAAAGGGGGCUUUCUAUCCCUUUUUAAAUAAAGGUAUGUGUAAUUUUUUUGAGAGUUAUUUAAUUAGGAAGAGCAUCUCUGAAGUAAACAAUUGUGAAUGGAUUUUGCAAUAGUCAAAGUAGAGUGGAUAUUGGAUGAAUCAACUUGAUGUAUAACAUCCAAAAACUGUGCAACUGAUGCACAUUUGAAGUCAGUUAACAUGGAAUGCAUUUAUAUUGUGUAGAUGAAAUGAAAUGAAGUCCCUGAUGUUAUCCUGAGGAUAAAUAGAAUGAUGAAGAUGUUGUAUAUGUACUAUAUACACAGUGUGUACGGAAAAAAAGAAAGAGCAAAAGGAAGUUUUGGCUAUAACAGAUUAACCAUUUUGUUGAUGCAAGAUUUAAGCUCAGUGGAGACAAGUGACAGCGGCCUUGCUUUAGAUGCUAAAUUACAUGAUAUGCAUGAUAAUGGGUGGGUGGGUGGGGGGGGUGCUGUACACACAUAGCAAUGUAAAGGUUUCUUCAUGACAAUGUUGUGCUCCCGAGGGGGAGGGGAGGAGUGAUGAAUGAAGCUUGUGUGCUUGCCCAGGCAUCUAUAUGACAGUGACUCUGUACAUUCACACAUGUAAACAAAAGGCUCCAAUUUUUUUUGACUGACCUUCUCCUUGGUGAAAUAUAUAAUACAUUGUGUCAUAUCAAUAUCAUUCCCUGUGUGACAGCUAAUUCUUCCUGGUUUUCAGUAUAAUGCUGAAUUAUAUGCAGCGAUUACAAACUGAUUUAUGUUUUUGAUAUGUUUUUUUCCUGCUUUUACUUUUACAUGGUUUGAGGAAAAGUAGCAUGCAGUAGUGUAGGCGGGUUUCAUGACCAAUUAACAAAAGAUGUUGCUGAAAAGAUCUGUAAAGUCAUGAAUGAAAUAAAUGUGUAUAGAAAGAGA